UGAUUUGCCAAACACUUUGGAUUUAAUUUCCAAGUAAGGAACCUGUUACGGGCCGUCAUGUUAGGCAAGUUUAGGCAACGUUUGAUUUACUAUAAGCCACUAGCUAUGAUCUUUCAACAAUUGUAACGUUUUAGAACUAAUUGGGAGAGCUGUAAGAAUUAAAUGUUUCAUACCUCAAAACGAAUGAAAAAAAAAUCAUAAUAUUGUAGAAGUAAUGCCCAAGUUAUAUUUACAAGGAUUGAUUCUGAAUUCUCUGAAAUAUAAAUUUCAUCAAUCUAUGAUUUAACGUUGCUUGAGACAAAAAAUCUGUAUAUCAGCACUAACAUAAUUGAAAUUAUAUUUUUCAUCGACUGAAAUAAAUUAAUUUCAUUCAACUCACAGAUCCCGCCAAUGAAUAUUUUUGAUAAGGACUUCUUUGGAAGGAAGUGCCAUGCAAAUCUGUUUUCUGCCACACCUGCGGUAUUGGGCAAUAGGGCAAUAGUUUCUCUUUCCUCCUCCUCAGACAAUCUCUAUACUCCCUCCCCCAUUCAUCCACAUAAAAGGAACGAGGGUCGUGUUCUCGUCACUCAUCCACUCAAACUCCAGCCAGAGAAGAAAACAACAGCAAGCCUUCAAGAUGACGUCUUCUUCUUCCACUCGCUCCUUCAUGUCCACAUCAGGAUCCACCAGACGUGCUGGAAGUGUGUACGGUGGUGCCGGAGGAUCCGGGGUCCGCAUCUCUAGCUCCUCUGCUUCUCGUUCCUAUUCUUCUGCUGGUGGAGCAGGCUAUGGGGGUGGCUUUAACUUGGCCGAUGCUAUGGAUGUGACUACAAAUGAAAAAGCCACCAUGCAAAAUCUCAAUGACCGCCUGGCCUCUUACCUGGAGAAUGUGCGGAUCCUGGAGAAAGUCAACACUGACGUUGAGCUAAAGAUCCGGCAGUUCCUGGACAGCAAAACUUCUCCAACCUCUCGGGAUUACAGCGCCUACUACGCCACUAUUAGUGAUCUUCAGACCAAGAUUCAGCACGCCACUGGUGUUAAUGGAGGAAUCUACCUCUGCAUUGACAACGCCAAGCUGGCUGCAGAUGACUUCAAAAUGAAAUUUGAGAACGAGCUCACCAUGAGACAGGCAGUGGAGGCAGACAUUUCUGGUUUGAGGAGAGUGCUGGAUGAGCUGACAAUGUCCAGAUCUGAUCUGGAGAUGCAGAUUGAGGGACUUAAAGAAGAGCUGAUCUUCCUCAAGAAGAACCAUGAAGAGGAACUCUUGGCAGCACGCUCUCAUAUGGGCGGACAGGUCAAUGUAGAAGUUGACGCCCCACCGCAGGAAGACCUCACGAUGAUCAUGGCGGAAAUCCGUGAACAUUACGAGGCCGUCGCUGCUAAGAAUCGCAAAGAACUUGACGUUUGGUUCCAGACCAAGACUGAAUCACUUAACAAAGAAGUCGCUGUGAGCACAGAAAUCCUCCAAACAUCAAGAUCGGAAAUCACAGAGGUUAAACGCACACUCCAGAGUCUUGAAAUCGAACUGCAAUCACAACUCAGUAUGAAAGCGUCAGUGGAAAGCAGCCUGGCAGAGACGCAGAGGCGCUUUUCUUCCAUGUUGUCCGGCUACCAGAAUCAGGUGACCGCCAUGGAACAGCAGCUGACGCAACUUCGUGGAGAUCUGGAGCGUCAAAGUCAGGAGUACCAGAUGCUUCUGGACAUCAAGACCAGACUGGAGAUGGAGAUCGCAGAAUACAGAAGACUCCUGGAUGGAGAGUCUGUGAGCACUGUCUCAACCACAAGCAAAUCCUCGACUACACGUAAAGUGGUGACCAUUGUGGAGGAGGUGGUGGAUGGCAAAGUGGUGAGCUCAUCUUCUCAGGCCACGAGCCAGACCACGACCAGCUAAAACACUCUUGAGCUAAAACCUUCAACUUUGUUAUUUCAACAAAGUGAACCA